ACAGAUGCGGAAGAGGUCAGUACUAGUGCAACAGUCCAAGUGUUUGCAUCGCGAUCUUGCAAAUUUUGAGCAUUUUCGCCAAGAAACAUUCCGUAAAUUGUCACAAUUCCCAGUGAAAUUCAAGCUUAGGUGGUUUUAGUAUCUUUCUAAAUUGAAUGCACGUGGAAUAAUUUUGAGAAAAUUAACGGAAUUUGCAGAGCGAAUUGUUCUUUUUCUGACACAGUGUAUCUCUAUUAUCAAUUUUUGAGCUAUUUAUCAAAUUCAAUUUUGCAAUCUUAGUAUUUCAAAGUCUGAUUUUAAUUCUGUGGCUAUUGCUUCAGCCCCAGAGAAGGUGUUUUGUGUAAAUCUGCCAAAAGGAGGUUGAGGAAAAUCCCCAGACAGUGAACUCGUAGAAAGGAAGACAAGCCCGAAAAGAGCGAAUACAAGAGGUGGAGUGGACUGACAAGCGAAUUCUUGUGCCAAGAGAUACAGAAAAUGAGAUCUGACGGCCGGACUGUGUCCGAAUGGGAGGACAGUGUUCUCUUUGAUGCCGACGAUCCUGACUUUUCGAAUCUCACGGCCAAUGGGAAUGGCAUUCUCAAUUCAAAUCCUCCCCUUGUGGCAACAAGUGCAACGGAACGUCUUCAAAUGUUGAACACUUUGAUGCGGAAAGUGCCUUCAACAAUGUCCGUUGCGAGUGUACAAGCACCUCAUUUAGCUGAAUUGUGCUCAUCUCUUGGCCGCUCAAGUCUGAGUGUCUCAUCAUCACUGUCCGAUUUGGUGGGGAGUCCGUUUGAGAUUUCAGCGGACAAUGUCCUGACCAUUGAGGACCUGCGUGUCCAGAUGGGUUCUUGCUUCACGUGCGGCGUCUCCUGGGCAGAGGAUCACGUCUCGCUGGACUGCAGCGAGUGCGGCGGAUAUGGCCUGGAACGGCCGUGCCCGCUCUGCGAUGGCAGCUGUGGGAGCACCUGGAAGAGGGAUUUCACAAUGUCCCAUGCUUCUGGAAAAGCGAGGUGGCAGGGAUCGUGUCCAUCGCAUCCCAUCAGCCAUCCGCCUGCCAUGGUGCUGCCCACAAUCGUGACACCCGCCGCCGUACCGCCAACUUGUGGCGCGACGCGGAAUCAGUUCCUGGCCCAGGAACUCUGUGCCCGUCUCGAGAAGCUCUCAACCCAGACGUGAUUUACACGCCUCCGAGGUACACUCUCCAUGUGUUCCCCCCGACACUUCCUGAGAGACACACAGAGCAUUACCCAGAAUCCCUGCAGGGCUCACGUUGCAGUUGAGCCCUAGAGGGCGCAUCCCUUCGGAAGUACUUGGUGUUUUCUUUCGUUUUUUUUUUUUGUAUAAAAAAAUCAACAUUAUGUGUAUAGUCAUUCUCUUGAGAAAAUCUUUUACACAGAUUUUUUUUUUUACUUUUUUGGUCAGUCCAGGGAAAUUUAUAUUUUAUUCCCUGUGAGGUCAAAUCUUAUGCUAAUAUUAAAAGAAUUGUUUUUUUUUUAAAUGUGUAUAAGAAAAUUAUGUGUGGAGAAAAUAGAGAAAGAAAUUCAAACAAGACUGUGGCGCCAAAAUGCUCAAUUCUGGACAUUAGUUCUUUAGUUUUUAAGUGAAUGGAAUUUUUGCAAGACAAAUAUAAUAAUGGGAAAAAAAUGCAUUAUAAUUGUCUUUUUUUUCUUGUGAGAAUAACUUGAGUUUGUGCAUUUUAUUUUUACAAAAGUGGAAGUUUUUUUUCUGAUAUUUUGCCAAAAAAGCGCUACAGUUUAUUCAAAAUUCCAUUUUUUUCAGAUCAAAAUAUUUAUUGAAGAUGUUCUUGCUGAUUUGAAAAUGUUUUAUUUCUUUCAGAACGUGUGGAAAGUAUUUUUUCUGGUAUUUAUUUUAUGAAACAGUACGAAAUCUAAUGGGGAAGGCACAAUUGCUUUUGUUUUGUAAACAUGUUUUGGAAUAUGCGUGAGAGAGAGCGAGACAACUAUAAUCGUAUACCUCUCAUUCUGACUCGCUCUGAAAUGUCAAAAAUAUGUUGACAAAACAGAAGAAAUUAUGCCGUGGCUAUUAGAUUAUGGACAACGCAGAAUUGCUUUUGUUUUGUAAACAUGUUUUGGAUUGUGCACGAGAGAGAGCGAGAAGAUUACAAUCGUAUAAAGCUCUUUCUGACAGAUAUGUCAAAACUAUAUUAUGCGAUGUUCUUUAGUUUAUGGGCAACGCACAAGACGUUCUGUUUUAUAAACACAUUUUAGAGCGCAUUUGGAGAGCGAGAGGAUUACAAUUUUAUAUUGUUGAUUCUCCGUGAAAUGUCAAAAAUAUGUUGACAGAACAAAAACAUUUAUGCGAUGUCCGUUAGAUUAUGGACAACGUACAAGAGCUUUUGUUUCGUAAACAUGUAUUGGAAAACGCGGGAGAGAGUGACACAACUAAAAUCGUCUUGCGCUGAUUCACUCUGAAAUGUCAAAAAUAUGUGGACAAAACCAAAACAUUUGCACAAUGUCCGUUAGCUUAUGGGCAACGUACAAGAGCUUCUGUUUUGUAAACAUGUUUUGUAAUACGCGUGAAAGAGUGACACAACUACAAUCGUGUUGCGCUGAUUCGCUCUGAAACGUCAAAAAUAUGUUGACAGAACAAAAACAUUUUUGCAAUGUCGGUUAGAUUAUGGGCAACGCACAAGAUCUUCUGUUUUGUAAACAUGUUUUGAAAUACGCAUGAGAGAGUGAAACAACUACAAUCGUAUAUUGUUUCGCUCCGAAAUGCCAAAAAUAUGUUGACAAAACAAAGUAUUUCUGCCAUGUCCAUUAGAUUAUGAAGAACGCACAAUUGCUUUUGUUUUGAAAACAGUUUUUAAAAAGAAAUGCGUAAUAUAUCCAGAAUAUUGUAAUUGGAAAUUGUUUACUGUUCUUGAAAUCUCUUAAAAAAUAUAUUUACAAAACAAAAAAAAUAUGCGAUGCCUAUUAUAUUGCAGACUACUCAAAAUUACUUUGUUUCUUAAAAAUUUGCUGAACGAAAUUAGUUCUGCGCAGCCCAUUUGAAUUGCAGACAUUUAAAAUAAUUCUUUUCAAUUAUUUUUAUUUUUCAAUUUUUAGCAAGAACUAUCUUCUUCAUUUUUUCAAAUAAAUGCGCAACAUUAAUUCAUAUUAAACAUCUCAAAAAAUAUAUAUUUAAUUUAAAGAGAAAAAAAAACCCAGAAAACCAUAAGAGCAUAAAUAUAGUAAAGAAAAACUUUUUAAAAAGAGAAAACACUUAAUAAAAUUUAAGAAUGUGUGAUAUUCCGGAAACAAUAUAUUAUAUUUGUAAUUAAUUAAAUAAAAAUGAAAAAAAUAUAUAAAUAUACACGAUAUAUUGUCAAAAUUUCUCAUGUCAAAAAUAAGAAAAAAAAUUGAUUAAGGAGGAUUUGUAUUGGGAGUGUUAUUUCUUGUAGUGAGAAAUGAUCUUCUGGUAAAAUUUUCUGUGAAAAUUUCCAGUGAUUUUUUUUUAGGUUUACAAGGCGCACUAGCAAAAAAAUGGUUGAUAUUAAUUGGUAAAAAAAACAACAAAUUUGACUCAAAACUAUCGCACAUUUUUCCUUGAUUCUUUUAUUUUCUUCAAAACUCAAUUUCUUUGACAAUAUGUGUUCCAAAAAAAAAGAUAACUGCAAUAGAUAGAGAUAUUUCUUAAAGACAAACUCACUACCAUUAAUUUAUGAAAAUGCAUUAAUUUUUAAGGAUAACUACUUUAUAACUUUAUGAGCACAGAUCACCAUUCAGAGCGUCCUAAUUUUCAUUUCUUUCAAUUAUCCAUUUCGUUCGACAAUUUUAUAUUUUCAAGAAAAUUAUUUAAUUCUUUAACAAAAAAAUUGAAGCACAAAAAAAAGACCAAAGAUAGGCAGAAAAAUUUAUCGUUGAGAUGGCCUCUGAAAAUUGGUGUAUGGGCUAAAUAGAGAAUUUUUUUUUUCAUUUAGCAAGAAUUUCUUUUCUUCAAUACGUUCUCAUUUGCAAGAAAAAAUAGCUUCAACCAUGUUAAUUUAUUAGCAAAAAAUAAACAAUAGAUAAAAGAAUUUUCUUUUAUAACAAUAAAACUGAGAAGAAUUUCUUAUGUAAAAAAAUAUAAGUUACUCUUUUUUAUAUUGUCAUUAUUAUUUCAUUUAUUCAAUAAAUAUUUCUUUUUCCAUUUUAUUUACAAAAUGU